AUUGCCUUCUGCUUGCCACUUGGACAACUUCUAUCAUCGUCAGAUGGAAUCAACUUCGUUUAUCUAUCCAUCUUGUCCCUGCUAGCUCUCUGACUAGCUGCGUGAUCUCCAGCUUCGCAGCUUGAACAGCUUCUUUUCCCACUUCAUCUACACUACCUCUCCCUUCUUAGGCUACCUUCGUUCCACAGUCUCGUCAAUCCCCCAAUUUCAACAUGGCAUCAGAGCCAACGUAUCGCUUCGAACUAGCAAAAACGGGCCGAGCAGGUUGUCAGAACUCAGCAUGCAAGAAAGCGGGAAUCAAAAUUGAAAAGGGCGAAUUCAGGAUGGGGACGCUCGUGACAAUCCAUGAACACACAUCGUGGAUGUGGAAGCAUUGGGGAUGUGUCACGCCUGCUCAAAUCGGAAAGCUCCAAGACCAGAUAGGCCCGCUUGAGGACCUGGAUGAUCUCGAUGCCGACUUGGAUCGUAUCAUUGAUGGCUAUGACGAGAUCAAUGACGAAUCGCGUGAAAAGAUCAAAUAUGCGCUGGCUCACGGCCAUGUUGCCGAUGAGGACUGGAAGGGUGAACCCGAAUUCAACCGUCCAGGGAUGAAGGGCAUCAACAGACGCACCCCCAAAAAGAAGGAAGCUGAAGAAGACGCGGACGCUAUUGCAGAGAACGAGCAGACCCCGUCCAAACCCAAAGCGAAGAGAGGUAAGAAAGCCAAGGUGGAGUCCGAGGACGAAGAUAUGCCGGCACCGCCGGCAGCCAAAAAGAAAGCCUCGCGCCGCAAGGUCAAAGACGAGGACGAAGAUGCCCAGUCUGGCGAGUCCGCUCCACCAAAGAAGGCUGGAGGGAGAAAACGCAAAGUCGUGAGAGAGGAAGAUAGUGAAGAAGAAGUCCCUGAGAAACCCAAGAAGAGAUCACGCCCCGCCAGGAAGGUCACAACCGAACUAGCAGAAGAAGAACCCGUGGAGCCGGUCAAGCAAGAUAGACGCCGAAAGAAGAAGGGAGCCUCUCGGAACGAUCAUGAAGACGAGGAAGAUGUCGAGCCUGCCGCCCCAAAUCGCCAAGUCGCCGCCAAUCGUGAACGUACCAAAACUGGUCGCAGAGCAAAAUCUGCCAAGCAGGAAGAGCCUCAGGUCAUAGAUGAAGAUGCAGACAAUGCUCCAAUCAAUGCCCAUGCUGGACCCGAGGCAGCUGACGAAACGGAAAAUGAGCCCCAUGCAGGGAACUCUUCUGGAGCGGUCCCAGAAGGAUACAUAGGGGCUCUCCGCCAAGAUGAUUUGAAUGCUGCUCAAACCACCACAGCGACUGCAAGUGCCGACAUGGAUGAAGACUACAUCGAUGAAGCUGAAGCUGAAGCCGAAGAUUACGCAGAAGAAAAGAAGUCAAAGGCGGCGAAAGGCAAGGGGAAGGGCGCAAGAGCAAAGAAGAGUACCAAGGGGCGGGGGAAGUGAACAAAGCUUCUCGAAUCAGGAGUGCCCUGUCAAGGUGUCCUCGCUCUGACCCCGCGGUUCGACGGCACGAGUCUGCUGGCCAAAACCUACUAUUGAGGAAAUCGAACGGAGGAAUGUGCUUCUGUUUGCACAGAACCAUGGAUGGACGAAGCGAGAAAUUUGCAGAGGAAAGAAGAGGAAACAGAAAUGGGACUGUCACUAUUACCAGCCCGACGACACUGUAUCAUCAAGGUUAUCGGGAAGAAUUUCUUAUGUACCAGCUACACAAGAUACUGCUGGGAUUGCUGUGGCGCAGGCUGGUGUUGAGCUUUACUUUGUCCGUCCGAUCCUUCGAGGUUUUCCGGGAGAGUCAGCAGAAAACGGUAUCCUGUACCAUUAGUCGGUGCGGUGAUGUCUAGCUUAGUAACAGAAAAAGAAUAGGUAUAGAUCUAAGCGUGAGAGAUGCCAC